AUGGUGAAACGUAUCUUGUCUGAGGGGCAGCUGGAUGUCAACAGCAGGGACAGACGGGCAAGGACACCAGUGAUGGCGGCAGCAUGCGCAGGACAUGGGGGCGUGGUAAACCUUCUCAUAAAUAAAGGAAGUAAUGUGUCACUUGUUGAUGAUCACGAUCGACAAGGUAACAACAUCCUACAUUACACCUGUGCUGGGGGUCAUGUUGAGAUGGUACAAUAUGUCCUCUCGCUGAACAAGGUAGACAUCAACAGUAGAGGACAUCACAGAUGGACAUCAGUGAUGGUGGCAGCAAGACUGGGAAACAGAGAAAUGUUUGACUUACUUAUAAGUAAAGGGUGUGAUGUGUCAAAUGGCUAUGGAUGUACCAACAUCCUUCAUGCGGCUUGUAUUGGGGGACAUUUGGAGAUAGUUAAAUAUGUUAUCUCUCUUGACCUUGUGGACAUCAACAGCAGAAAAGGGUUUGGGAAGACACCACUGAUGGUGUCAGCCCUGAGGGGAGACAAAGAUGUGUUUGAUUUCGUUCUGAGCAAAGGGGGUAAUAUGUCAAUGGUGACAAAACGAGGCAUGAACAUCCUUCACUUGGUCUGUCAGAAGGGAAAUCUAGACAUGGUGAAAUUCAUUCUUUCAAAGGACCUUCUGGAAAUUAACGUCAGGACCAACGAAGGCGUCACAGCCACGUUGAUAGCAAAACGAAAAAAGAACAUUGAACUGUAUGACUUUCUCGUAUCGAAUGGAGGCCAAUAG